AUGAUACAAAGCUCACUCAAGUCACUUUUUACACGCUCUUGUUACAGCAGCGUUUCUCGGGCCUGUUAUUCUACCAAACCUAGUUUCUCGACUAUUGAUAAAACUGAAGUCAAAAAAUUCAGCGACAAAGCAGCCGAGUGGUGGGAUCCUUCAGGCGAGUUUGGUAUGCUUCAACUCUUGAACCCACCCCGUGUUUCCUAUGUACGCGACCAACUUGUCGACAAAGAAGUUGCGGAAACAUCUACUCCUUUUAAAAACCUUCGUAUGUUAGAUAUUGGCUGUGGUGGUGGACUUUUAUCCGAGGCACUUGCUCGUUUAGGUGGUCAAGUUGUUGGUGCUGAUGCUUCUUUUGAUAAUAUUCAAAUGGCUCAAUUACAUUCCCGUAAAGAUCCUCGCUUAUGGCAAGGUCCUGGUAAAAUUGAAUAUAGAAACACAACAGCAGAAGACCUUUUAAGUCAAGGUGAACAAUUUGAUGUUGUGCUAGCCAUGGAGAUCAUUGAACACGUAAAUCAGCCACUUGAAUUUUUGCGUACCUGUGCCAAUUUGACAAAACCAGGAGGCAAUUUAUUUAUUUCUACCAUGUCACGUACACCAAUAGCUUAUGCAUUGACUGUGUUGCUGGCUGAAAAAGUGUUAGGCAUGGUUCAUGAUGGUACGCACGAUUGGAGUAAAUAUAUCAAGAGUAGAGAAAUGCGAGAAGCCAUUGAAUCAUUUGGAAACGAAUGGCAAGUGAAAGAUAUUCGUGGCAUUUCAUGGGAUCCUUUUAGUAGACAAUGGAAAUUAGCUGAGCGUAAUGGCUUGAUUGGUGUAGGUGGAUUUGAAUCAUUAGAAGUGAAUUAUAUUAUGAGAGCAUCCAAAAAAAAAGAUUAG